AUGACCGACUGCAAACCUUCUCCUUCUCCAGCGGACAGCACUAUCCAAUUAAGCAAACAUGGUGAAACCUUUGCUGGUCCUUCUGUAUAUCGGAGCAUUGUUGGUGCUCUCCAAUAUGUGACCAUCACCCGACCAGAAAUAUCCUUUUCUGUGAGUCGUGUAUGUCAAUAUAUGCACAAUCCUACAAUGGAUCAUUGGAAAGCAGUGAAAAGAAUUCUUCGUUAUUUGAAAGGUACCCUUACAUAUGGCCUCUCCAUCAUACCAUCCACUUUUUCCUCUGUGCAUGUUUACUGUGAUGCGGGAUGGGCUGCUGAUCCUGAUGAUCGACGUUCUCAUCAUGGUUUCGCUGUAUAUUAUGGGUAUAAUCUCAUCAGUUGGUCAUCGCGGAAACAACAAGUAGUGGCUCGCUCUAGUACCGAAGCCGAAUAUUGUGCCAUUGCUUUUGCCGCAUCUGAAGUAUCCUGGCUAACCAGUCUGCUUAAGGAGCUCCAGUUACCUUGCCCUCCUGCUCCAGUAGUUUUUUGUGACAAUAUUAGUGCUAUUUAUUUCACAGCCAAUCCUGUUUUUCAUCAACGGUUGAAACACAUUGAAAUUGACUACCAUUUUGUCCGAGAAAAGGUUGAUCGUGGCCAACUUUCUGUUCGGUACAUUCCUUCCACAGAUCAAACAGCUGAUAUAUUUACCAAGGCUCUAAGCUCCUCUCGAUUUUCUCAGUUACGGUCCAAGCUCAAUGUCUCUAAACUUGACAUGAGCUUGCCGGGGGGUGUUAGAUGA